AUAGGUAUAAUUGGAAGCAGCGUGGUCAAGGGCACCGGCUGAACGAGACAGAUAGCAAGGAAGCAGCAAGGAGAGGAACCUCGUGUCAAAGCCAAAGGCUUAUUAAAGAAGAAGUGUUUCGUUUUGAGCUGUGUUGAAGAGAAGGAACAGUGCUGCCUUUCAAGUUAGCAGCAAAGGAAACCCCGUGGAUAUUUGGAUAAGAGAUUGAAGCAGCAAUGGACCAGGCAAGGUCAACGAUAUCCAAAAUUUUUAACGGAGAGCCACACUCCUACACACGUUUCAACCUGACCCAGAACAUGGAAGGCGAUAACAGCCAGGUGGAGAUGAAGCUGUCGUCCGACAUGGAUGAGGAGGUCGGGGAAAACGGUGUGGGAGACAACCGCAAUCACAACUCCAACCGUAAGCCCUACGUGGCUCAAAAGCUUGGACGCACACCGAAGAACCUCUUCUUCAUGGCCGCCGCUACCCUCCUCAUCUUUAUUAUCGGGUACUUGAUUGGCUACCUGGUUCAUCGGAAGAAGGACUUGGCUCCCACCUGUGCAGCCUCCGUGGUUCGUUUUGAUGAAGCUGUUGCCCAUGAGACGGGUGCUGCACCCCUAAUGGACUGGAACGAUGUCAAAAAGCUCCUUGCUCAAAAAGUCACUGCUGCCAAUUUUGAACCCCUCUUUCGUGAGUUUUCCAGUGCCAACCACCGGGCUGGUUCUCCAGAUGAUGAUGCUCUGGCGAACAAGGUGAUCAAGAAGUUUAAAGAGUAUGGCAUGAAAAGCUGGACCGAUGAGCACUUUGUUAAGGUUCAGGACUGCCCAGCUUCUGGCUCCAACAGAGUUGUUUUCAAGAACGGGAGUGCUAUGCGUCCAGAGGGAUUCCUGUCCUACAGUGCCACUGGAGAAGUAACGGGUGCUGCCUUGUAUGCAUAUUACGGGCAGGACAGCGACUUGAUGUUGCUGCGGGACAAGAGCAUCAACCUGACUGGCAGGGUCAUGCUGGUCAGAGCUGGUAGGAUCAGCUUAGCUGAGAAGGUAGCAAAUGCUGCCAAAAUGGGUGCCGCUGCUGUGUUGAUCUACCCAGACACUGAUUACUCGAUUUUAGACACAACUCAGCUCUUUGGACAUGUCCACAUGGGUUCAGGGGAUCCCUACACCCCAGGCUUCCCCUCCUUCAACCACACCCAGUUUCCACCUGUCCAGUCUUCAGGCCUCCCAAAAAUCUUGGCUCAGACCAUCACAGCAGGCAUGGCUAUCGGCAUUCUGAGGCAGCUCGGGGGUCAGGAUGUGCCGACAGGGUGGGGAGGCCUCCACAAACUGGGAGAAGAGAGCGAUCUUAUUACUGUGGAGGUCAACAACAUUCUUACUGAGAAAAAGAUAAAUAAUGUCUUUGGGGUGAUCAAAGGCUUUGUGGAUGCAGAUCGAUAUGUGGUUAUCGGUGCCCAGAGGGAUGCAUGGGGUCCAGGUUUUGCUGCGUCUACCGUCGGCACCAGCGUCCUUGUUGAGCUUGCACGUUCCAUUUCAGACAUGGUGAAGAAUGACGGAUUCAAACCAAGGAGAAGCAUUGUGUUCGCUAGCUGGAGUGCCGGAGAAUAUGGGAGUGUUGGCGCCACCGAGUGGUUGGAGGGUUAUGUUUCCUCUCUGAGCAUGAAAGCAUUCUCCUACAUCAACCUGGAUGGAGUUAUAACAGGUCAGAAACGAUUUAAAGUGGCAGCCAGUCCCUUGAUGCACAGCCUGAUUGCGAGCACUCUGAACGAGGUGAACUUGCCAAACACUGCUGGGACUCUCGCUUCUCAAUUUGUAAAGGGCAGCUUUGAAUCAGAUGUGUUGGUACCUAUGAAGUUGGAUAAUGCUGCAUAUCCUUUCCUUGCCUUUUCUGGCAUUCCCUCAGUCUCAUUUGGAUUCACCUCUGAUAACCCAUACUACCCGUUAUUUGGCACAAAGCUGGACACCUGGGAGAAACUGAACUUGGCCACAGGCAGCCAGGUGCCUCAGCUGGCUGAAAUGGCGACCCGGUUCGCUGGUCAUAUGGCGCUGAGGCUGGUGCAUGAUCAUCUGCUGCGGAUGGAUGUGAUGAAGUACGACAAGAUUAUACGUCUUCGCGUGGCUCAGAUCAACAUGAAAGUCAAUGCUGUUCAGAGAAUGCAGCCCAAGCUCUUGCCCAAGGACCUGACAAUGCAGUGGUUGUUUUCGGCCUCUGGCUCCUACAGUCGCGCCUCUCGCAACCUGGUGGCAGACAUCCAGAACAGUGACCUGGAGGACAUCGAGAUGUGCCGUAUCAUUAAUGACCGCAUAAUGGCGGUGGAAAGGAACCUCCUGUCGCCCUUUGUGUCUCCCAGAGAGAAUCCUUUUCGCCACAUCCUGGCGGGCUCCGGAUCUCACUCUGUCGCGGCUCUGUCCGACCACCUGGAAGCCCUCAGGAUCGACAACCCCGAGGCGGACGCCGACCUAUUCCGCAACCAGUUUGCCCUGGCGACCUGGACCAUUCAGGGCUGUGCCAACUCACUAGCAGGGGACGUCUGGUCUUUGGAUAAUGAAAUCUAAAAAGUAAUUUCCCCCUCCUCCCUUGUUCAUAAUUUCGCCCUCUUAUCACAACUGUCAGGGUGAAAACCAGUAGGCAGUGAUCAUUAACCAACGGUCACAGAGGCACAGCUUUUUAAGUUAAUUUUAAGCGGACUGAAGAAAUGGCACUGGAGCUGUUACUAAGCUGAUAUCGCAGUCAAUCACAUCGCUUCCAUACUUUUCAACAUUUGAGUGAUGAGCUUAUCUUCCUUCUUUCUGCAAUUCUCCAUAAAGCAAAACAUUAAUGAUAAAAAUGUACUUAAGCAAAGGGUUGACAAAAGUUUAGAGGGUCAUCUUUUCUUUUUUUUGUCCACUUUGGAAAGCCAAAUCUUCAAUAAUUUUAACAUGUGGUAUUUACAUACUGCUUUCUGAUUACUUUGGUGCUAGUAACAACUACCUUGAAAUGGCCAUGUUAUGUGGCAGUACUACUUAAAUUAGUGUUACCCUAGUUGAAUGCAGUGAAAUUGAGGCCUUUUCAGCACAGUAUCAGGUCAUAAUCACAGGAAAGGCUGUGUUUGCAACCUCAGAUGAAUAAAACAUGAAAGGCCGAUAAUGUACGAUAUUAUAAGCUGAUGACUUUCCAUCUGUUUACCAUAAUUAUUACAGAUCAAAACUGCUGGUAUUUCCACUGCUGCUCUAGCCUCAUGUUCAAACCUGAGCCGGUUUGUAUUGGUAGCUAUAAUUCAAACAGUGCUGAAAUCUGCUACUCAACUCGUUGUCAGAGAUUCAGACGUUGUAAAAAAAGGACUGAAGAUUAAUUAACGAGAACAUAGUUGUGAACAUACCUAGAAAUAGAUUUUGGACAAUCAGCUGUUAUCUGGCAUCGUUUAACACUUCUGCUGCAUUAAUCCUUUAAUCUGAUUAAAUGCAACAAUUUAAAAUAAAAAAUAAAAAAAUAAAUCUGAAUUUGUUAAUUACCUGAAUCAUCUGCCUCCUGACAUGAGGGCAAAUCUCUGUAGGCCUUUUCAAAAACCAAGGGAGGUCUCCAACCAUGUGGCACUGAAACAGAAACCGUAUGUCUAUUUAUUGUGUUAUUUAUUUAUCAGUGGCAGGGUUCACUAUAAAUAGUUUUUUUUUUAUUGCCUUUUUAUAAAAAAAUAUUGUAUAAUUAUCGGGAGCAGUGCCUUCCAUAAUUAUGACAGUUAUACUGUCGAAAUGACAAAAGCAGCAUCUGCUUAACAGAAGUGUACAUGUUGACCGACGGCCAGUACUGAACAAUCACAGAACCCUGCACAACUCUGAGGUGUUUUUUUUUUUUUUAACUGACUGGAUUGGCCUUUCAGGCAAGGCUAGCUCACAUAUCACACCUUGGGAAAUAUUUACACCUCUGGCUGUCAGUACUGGUCCCUUGGUACAUGUGCACCUCUCGUCCUGACAACAUUAUCGGGAGCAGUGUCUUCCAUAAUGUGGAAAAAAGAAGGUAGUUUUUGCCUACCACUGUGUGUCCGUAUCGGAGGCAGUGCCCUCCAUAUUUCACUGUAGGAGUGGAUGUUUUUAUUAUCGGGAACAGUGUUUCUCAUAAUGUGUGUAUAUAUAUAUAUAUAUAUAUACAGUGAAUUGCUACACAGCGCACAUGUCUGCAUCUUUAGAUCCCUUCUAUGAUGUUUCCAUGCUAAUGUAAUUUCCUCCUAAGGAAAAGUUUUAACAUCAGCUCUUCUGAAAACAUUUCCCAUCUGUCUCAUUGGUAAGAUAAAGAAGCUGUCUUUAAAUUGUUCUGGGUUUCUUUAGCAAGCUGUUUUGUCUCAUUUUAAUCAAAUGCUGAUAAUGUGUGGUCAUUUCUUUGGGCUUCAUGAUAUGGAACUGAUAUGAAAUGUUACAAACCUGUUUUGGGAGCACUGGUUGCAGUGGUGUGGGCCACACUAUUUCCAGAAAAGAUCACCACUCACUUCUCACAUAAUGGGUUUUGUUUUUGAUGAUUCAGUCAGUGUGAAAGUACAUUCUACCUUCUAUUUUGAUGUGUUCAUUCAUUGAGAGAUUUUCUUUGUGCCUUCUUGUUUCAUGACUGCAUUGUAGAGCUGAGUUUCUACGUACAGUACAGUACUUUAGAGGUUUUGGAGGAUGCGUAUUUGGCUUGUUUAGUUUUGACAUUUCUGUCUUUCAUUUUUCCCGUUGUCUGCUAGAAUAAAAAGUUACACCUUUUUAGAUAGUUAAAUGUAUGAAAGUACAAAAUCAAUGUAAAUGGGCUUCAAGACUUAAACACUGAAUGUUACAGUAGUUAACAAGGUCCUUCUUUAGCUGAUCUGCUAAGUCUGGUCACUAAAAUUUUUUUUUUUUCUAUUUUAUGAAAACCAUCAUGCCUCAGCAGAAUUUAAGAUUUGUUUCAGAUCAAAAGCCAUUUUAAAAUGAUCUAUUAACCAUUCAUAGUUUGACUGCUGAAAGUGAUCUGCUGGGCUGUAAUGAAGCAUGUGUUGGAUGUUACAUCGCUAAUAUUGGCAUCUUGCUGAGAUGCAAAAAAUUGGUUUUUGGUGGACUUUAAAAUUCUAACAAUGUGGAUAAAUGUUUGGAAAUUGUUAAAAUAACAAUGCUUUUUUUCCCCCUUGAACUGUACACAUUUGCUUUGCUUCACUUUUUUGUUGCUGCAAUAAACGAUCACAUC